AAAAUAGCACAGUGUAGUACCUGAAAACCUUCCGCUGACUUUUGAGAAGGGGCAGGCAGAUCCAGUCGCCAAGCCCCGCGAACUGUACGUUUGGCCCCUAGAGUCCUGUAGAGUGCCCUCUGAGAAAAUCCAGUUCUUUGAACGAAGUUAUUUUAACUCUGGAAACGGUUGGUGGAAGGAUCCUGUUGGAGUGAUUGCUCUUCGAGGGGCGCGUCCUGCCGGAUCUUGUUGCGUAUAAAUACGGAAAGCGCGGGCGGCGCAGCCUCAUUGUCUGCCUGUAGAAUUAAGAGUAUAGUCUGGUAGUGCGUGUUGCUGUCCGGGGCGCAGCUCAAACGCGGCGUCGAAGCGAGGGGGUGAUUUCUGCUACCGCAGCCGCCGCCAUGGCAUGGUAGGUGCGGCAGUGCAAGCGGCGGCAUCGGCCAUUGCAGAGGCGCAGCAGCAUCGGCCGCGGCCUCGGCAUCUCCAGGCAUCUGCAACCAUGGCGUGAGUAUCGAGGAGGGACAAAACGGGUGGAUCGCCUCAUUCUUCCGAAGGACGGGGCGACGAGAACCAUCUUUAAACAUAAACCAGUAUAGUAGUGGGCGGUGGCGGCGGGGAAACUCAUAGACUCAUCUCACGGGAUUAAAAGCCCCGGGGUGUAAUUAGCAACGUUUUACGUUACGCUUCUCCCUCUGGAAAGGGUCGCGCCUUGACAUAUGCUUUUGUGGGCGGGGCAUGAAGUGGGGAUAAUGUGACAUUCUGGAAAUGGUUCGUCCUCCCAAAAUAAAGAUCUACCUUGGAAGUGGAAAGGAGAUCAGAGGGUGGGGCGAGGUAUCCCUUGGAGAGAAAAAGGAUGGGAGAGGUCUAUUUGUCCAAAGUGGAAGAUGAGUUAAUGAGCCUGCGGGCUUCCCAGGGUAAUUAAAGUGAUUUCCCUUCAUAGCUAAGCAAAUGCUCAUGAGAUCUGAACUAUUGACAGAUCUGUGCUGUGUCUUCCCGUCCAAUAUAGACCAAAGAUGGCAUUUAAGGUAAAUAUGCUGUGGCUUUAAUGAGCCAAACAGCUGUGGUUUAUUGGUACCUACUUGCCAGACAACUGGUAAAGCUUUUCUCAACAUACAGUGACGGGCAAAAGGAGCAGCUCUAAUUUUUGUUUAAUUUUGCUGGGCCCAAGACACUUAAAAGGAGAAAAAUGCUGGCUUUCCCUAGCUUCAGAUCUGUUUUGGAUUGGUGCCAUAUUGAGCUUUCCAAGAAAGGGUGGGGAUUUCAUAUGGCUCCCUGUCACCUUGAAAUAAGUUUUGUGUAUAUCUAUUUGUGGAAAGUGUUACCCUUUUUUGAUCACUGAAUGUGAAUUCAAACUAUUUUGCACCCCCUUAUAUUGCUGCUGCUCAGCCUUGCUUAGAAAAAUGCCAGGAUACCAGGAGUAAUUGAACCUUCAUGGAACGUGGCAGCACACAAAAUGGCUCCCUAUUUAUAGGGUGGGGACAUGCACAGCAGGCAGAUCAUGAAAUGGCUGCAGCUGUUGCCUUUGACGCUUGUGAAUGCAUGAAUCAGACCAGGAAAAGUGGUGGGUGGAGCUGAAACCGUGGCUGUGACCAUAUAUGGUUGGGAGGAAACCCAAGCAGGCUGUCUUGCAGAAGUGAGAACAUUUUCCACAAAUCCUAGUUGGCGCUAUUGUACAAUAGUGCCUUGUUGGUAUUCAGUAGAACUCUCUUGGAUAGGAUCCAGAUACAGUGUCCUAAACUGGAAUCAUGGGGUGCUGUUGUUGCAGUAAUGUACUUUUUUUCGUCUUUUCCCUCUCAAGGGAACCUGAAUUCAACAUCGAUGGACAUCUUUAUAAUAACAACAAAAAUUGCUUGUGUCUUUCAGGUUUUUCAAGCCAUCAGACAGCAGCUUUGCUGUAUUCGACAAAGACACCAUCUAUUUGUCCACGCUUUUUGACGACAAAGUACUAAAAUCUGACCAAAAUGAGCUUCUCAAACACAGAGAUGUUGUUGGGGGAUUUUCUGUCCCCCUUCAACCAGCCGUGUUUGGUGGCUGAGGAGGGCCUGGGCCUCCUAGAUGACUACCUGGAGGUGGCCAAGAACCUCAGUUCGCAUGGGUUCUCCAGCGACAAGGCUAAAGUGGGCUCUUCCGAAUGGCUGGCUGUGGAUAGUUCGAACAAUGCCACAGACAACAGCCAGGGUAAGACACAGACUGAAACGUUUUCUGAAAACGUUGGGUGGCCUUGCUGAAUUAUAGUUCCAUGUAGUAAAUGUGUGACAUUAUUAAUAAGAUUAAAGAGCUAAGCUGAUAUGAGUGCUAGCAGCAGCAUCUAAAUAUGUUAAAUGAGCACAGGAAAGGAGAGAAAAAAAUACUUUUUUAAAACCCUCAUUUCUAAAGUUCGUGGUUUUUGUUUUUGUUUUUUAAUUGUCAUUUCUUUAACAGAGGAUGCCUUCUCUGGCAUGGAUUGGAUGGUGGAGAAGAUGGAUUUGAAGGAAUUUGACUUCGAUGCACUGUUGGGUAUCGAUGAUCUGGAAGCCACCGUCUCCCCAGAUGAGCUCAUGGCCACGUUGGAGGACACGUGUGAUCUAUUUGACCCUCCUGUCCAAGAAAUUCCCAACAAAGAAACUCCACUGAUAACAGAAUUAAUUAUUCAUUCUCCUAAGUCUCCCUCUGGGGCAGACCAGGUGGCCCCACUGGCCCCCUUGUUUCCAUUUCCCCUCACUCCAGAGUCAGUGAUUUCCACGACAGACCAUUCUUUCAGUUUAGAAUUAGGCAGUGAAGUAGAUGUUCUUGAAGGAGACAAGAAAACUGAAGCCCAUAUCUUAGUAGUGGUGAUUCCAAAGUGUGAAAAAGAGGAUGAAGUUCACUCAGACAAUGAUAGUGGAAUAUGCAUGAGUCCAGAAUCUUACCUGGGGUCUCCCCAGCAAAGCCCCACCACUUCUGUUAAUUCCCUCAGUGAUUGCCAAUCAGUCACAGUCCUGCAUGAUAGCCCUGUGAGGUCCAAACCUUAUGAUCAUCCUGCAGACAAGGUAGUGUCAGUAAAGAUGAAAGGAGAAAAGAGAGUAGAUAAGAAACUGAAGAAGAUGGAGCAAAACAAGACUGCAGCUACACGCUAUCGACAGAAGAAAAGGUUAGAGCAGGAGGCCUUAUCAGGGGAAUGUAGAGAACUAGAGCAGAAAAAUGAAACACUGAGGGAAAAGGCAGAUUCCCUGAGCAAAGAAAUUCAGUAUUUGAAAGAUCUAAUUGAAGAGGUCCGGAAGGCCAAGGGUAAAAAAGUUAAAGUCCCAGAAUAGGGUAGUCAAGGGUAUAUGUUACAUGCAUGUAUAUAAGAGCUUAGUACAAUGAGCUGUGUAUUGUUGCUUAAUAAAUUAUUUUCUAGUACACAUUUGCCUUUUGUCUUGCAAAUAGAGGUUUUACGUACAGCAGGCUUGGUCUGCAGAUUUUAAUAAAAUUCAAAAGGAAUAAAAAUAGGGGUCUGGAUUAUGCUGGUGUGGGGGGAACCUGGCAACGUCAUUUGAUAAGGCUUAAAAAAUGGGAUAUGGCACUUUCAGCAGUAUUCCUCUCCAAGCUAGUUAUGUGUGUGGAUAUUUUCAUAGAUUAAUUAUUGGUACAACCAAUAAAUAGUUCUAAGUUUAAUGAUCCAAAGGCCUUUAUUCUCAAAAGCAACCUUAAUUGCAGUUUUACUCUGCUAUGUACUUGGGGGGUGUCAUUUGGUUAGAUACAGUUGACAAAAGUGCAUGAAGGGAGCAAGAGCUAAUUCUAUGAGGUUUUUUAAAAAUUUGGUUACGGUAAUUUGUCAGACUUCUCAGUCUGUUUGCAGACAAUGUUUUGAAACGCCAUAUUGCAACAAAAAUGCAUAAAGGGAAUUGAAAUGAUUGCAUUUCUGUUGAGUGUGACUACAUCCUGGGCUGGGGGGAAGAAAGAAAAGGAAGUUAACUAAGAAUAUCCACACUGAAGAACACUUUCAGCAAGACAGCUUCAUCUGCCUCCUACAUUGGUGGAGGUGCUUUUUCCCUUAAUACUCGGAAGAAGCUUUCAACAGCCUAACAAUUCAGCAAUCAGUAGCAAAAGCUAUGCACCCAUACUUUUGACGACCACAGUAGAUUUACUGGCAGAGUGCUGUUGCCACAUUCUGGUAAAGUUACUGCGCCAUCCAGCAGAUUUUGCUAAGUAAUUUAAACCCAAAUUAAGAUGAGGUGGAGAAAAUAUUUAAAAUAUUUUCACAUAAUUGGGGCAGAGGGGUAUUUCUACUAGUAAGACGUCUUUGACUAGGUCUUUGGCUUACCUGGCAUGAGUUCAGCAGUCUUAGAAAUUGCACUGGCAAAGUCUUGCCAUUUCAAUUUUGCUGCACUUGGCGUGAUGCACUUUGAAAAGUUUAAUACAGAUGUCAAUUUUUUUUUUGAUGGGUCAGAAUGGGGGCUUGGCAGCUGCCCAAGGCUGCUAGGUGCAGAUGGCAUCUCUUAAAAUGAAUUUGCACAAUAACUGAACAAUUGGCUCACGGAGGGAGAGCUGUGGUCCUUAUACCAUCAGCCAUAGGGAGCAUGGCCAAUGCUCUGGGAUUAUGGAAAUUUCAAACAACUGGAUGGCAGUGGCUUUCCCAACUCAUUUUGGGGAGACAGUAACAUGCUAGGGUUUUGCAGUAACAGCAAAAUUAAGAAAUUUAAAUAGUUCACAAGCUGCUGAACAUUUACACCAUCAGCUACCCUCCAACACUACCGGCUCCCAGCCCAACUUGGUCCAAGUAUACUGAGCACUUUAAAUGACAAUUGUAUUAUUUAUUAAAUUUGUAUACUGUCCUUCCCCCAAAGAUCACGGUGUCUCAC